AUAAACACAGGAACUCAUCAAACCUCAAGGUCCAGUCCUUCACAGUAGAAUUAACAGUGCUUGAGAAAUGGCCGGCCAAAGCGACAACCUGAAUCUACUUGGCGCGUUCGCGAGCCCGUUCGCUCUGCGUGUGAAGCUUGCGCUCAGCUUCAAAGGCUUGAGCUACGAGUACCUCGAGGAGAAGGACCUCCACAACAACAAGAGCGAGCUCCUCCUCAAGUCCAACCCCGUGCACAAGAAGGUGCCCGUGCUCAUCCACGACGGCAAGCCCGUGUGCGAGUCCAUGAUCAUCGUUCAGUACCUCGACGAGGCGUUCGCCGGCGUCGGCCCCUCCCUCCUCCCUUCCGACCCCCAUGAACGCGCCGUUGCUCGUUUCUGGGCCGCCUACAUUGACGAGAAGCUCUUCAGUUCGUGGAUGAUGGUGUUCAGAGGUAAGACGGACGAGGAGAAGGCGGAGGGGACGAGACAGUCGUUUGCCGUGGCGGCGACCCUGGAGGGAGCCCUGCGGGAGUGCUCCCAGGGGAAGGCCUUCUUCGGAGGCGACAGCGUCGGGUACGUCGACGUCGCGCUUGGAGGAUUUGUCGCCUGGGUGCACGCCGUCGAGAAGCUGUAUGGACUGAAGGUGUUCGACGCUGCCAAGACCCCGCUCUUGGCGGCGUGGCUCGAGUGCUUCGGCGCGCUGGAUGCGGCCAAGGCGGUCAUGCCGGACAUUGAGAAGCUAGUCGAGUUCGCCAGGAUGACGAGGCAAGCCCAAGCAGCUGCGGCCGCGGCUGCCGCCGCGGCGCAAGGAGCGCAGUUGAAAGCUCUGUACGCAAAGCUGAAAAUGACCGGAGAAGGCGAGCUGAAGCUGCUCGGCAUGUGGGCGAGCCCGUUCGUCCUGCGAGCGAGACUUGCGCUCAGCUUCAAAGGCCUGAGGUAUGAGUACGUCGAGGAGGAGAUCUUCGGAAACAAGAGCGAGCUCCUUCUCAAGUCCAACCCGAUCCACAAGAAGGUACCCGUGCUCAUACACAACGGGAAGCCCAUCUGCGAGUCGCAGAUCAUCGUGCAGUACAUCGACGAGGUCUAUGGCGCUGCCGGCCCUUCCCUCCUCCCCACCGACCCCUACGACCGUGCUGUUGCUCGCUUUUGGGCUGCCUACAUUGACGAUAAGCUUUUCAGCUCGUUCAUGAUGAUGAUCAUGGGCAAGACGGAGGAGGAGAAGGCAGAGGGGAGGAAGCAGUUGUUUGCCGCGGCAGAGACCUUGGAGGGAGCACUGAAGGAGUGCUCUGAGGGGAAACCCUUCUUCGGCGGCGACAACGUCGGCUUCGUCGACACAGCGCUGGGAGGCUUCGUCGCAUGGGUGCUCGCGAGAGACAGGUUGUCUGGCUUGAAGCAUUUUGACGCCGACAAGACCCCGCUCCUGGCGGCGUGGCUGAAGCGCUUCAGCUCACUGAACGAGACCAAGGCGGUCAUGCCGGACGUGGAGAAGCUGGUCGAGCUCUCCAAGAGGAGGCAAGCCCAAGCUGAUGCGGCUGCCGCCGUGGUGCAAGGUAAUCGAAGUGGCUGAAGCCCAUUUGAGCAUUAGCUUGGACUCAGCUUUGCUGUUACAUCCUCUCAGAAUGAAAGAACAGCUAUGAUGUUACCUUCCUGGCGUGCAAAAUAAAUAAAAGUUGGUCCCAGCAUCGAAUUAGAAUAAAGCUUUGCCAAAGUGAAUCGGUAUGUUCCUUUUCAGUUUGCGGGGUUUUGCAAA